CUGGAUUAGUUCCUGAUUGUCCAUUAACGCAAAAUGUUAAUGAAAAGGAGAAAAAAUUUAUUAUACAAUUUGAUUCAGAAAAUGCUGCAAAGAACUUUUACACAAUUUUAGACCUUUGUAAUAAAAAAAUUAAAACAGAUGUGGAUUUUUCAAAUAUCACAUCGGAUCUGAAAGAUAAAAAUAUUAUUCAGGAUAUUAGUUUUGGGGGAUUUCAUGCUUGUAUUGGAUACUUUAGACCUAGUGAUGUUACUAACUUAUUGGCUCUUGAGGGCAUUCUUCGCAUCGAACGUGAUAUUAUACUUAAAACGACCGCAAAGAAUCCAUCUUGUCUUAAUACCAGAAAGAAACCUAACCCCGUAUGCAUAUUUUAA